AUGAGAGUAAGUGCGGCACCUAGUUUUGAGGCGGCUCAAAUCUCAGAGGCUGAUCAGAAGGCGGGGAUUUCUCAAACGGGGGUUUGUAGGGCUGAGGUUGGGGCGCGUGAGAUGCAGAUGGGCCUUGUGCGGGAGGAGGAGGUGGUGAGUGGGGAAGUAGAGGAGGAGGAGGAGGAGGAGGAGGAGGAGGAGGAGGAGGAGGAGGAGGAGGAGGAGGAGGAGGAGGAGGAGGAGGAGGAGGAGGAGGAGGAGGUGGAGGUGGAGGUGGAGGAGGAGGAGGAGGAGGAGGAGGAGGAGGAGGAGGAGGAGGAGGAGGAGGAGGAGGAGGAGGAGGAGGAGGAGGAGGAGGAGGAGGAGGAAGAGGGGGAGGAGGAGGAGGACAUCAGCUCACCGCAAAUUUCCUCUCAAGCUUCUCAUCGUUUCAACUCAGAGUGCAAGCCUGCUGCUGCUGCUGCUGGAGGUGGUAGUGGUGGUGGUGGUGGUGGUGGUGCUGCUGCUGCUGCUGCUGCUGCUGCUGCUGCUGCUGGUGCUGCUGCUGGUGCUGCUGCUGCUGCUGCUGCUGCUGCUGCUGCUGGUUCUGCUGCUGCUGCUGCUGCUGCUUCUGGUGCUGCUCCUUCUGCCGGUAGUGAUGGUGGCGGUGUUGGUCCCUUUCUGGCGAAUCACCAAGCACCUCACCUUCUCAGCGCACAGUUUGCACUUGCUUCUGCUGGUGGUGUUUGCUCUGCCCCUUUUGCUGAUGUUGUUGGUGGUGGCAGCGGCGGCAGUGCUAUUUCAAUUCUGACUAACCACCAAGCACCUCAUCGGCUUAACACACAACAUUCACUCGCUGCUGCUGCUGCUGCUGCUGCUAAUCGUACUGCUGGCAACGGUGGUGGUGGUGCUGGUAGUGGUGGUGGUGGUGGUGGUGGUGGUGCUGCUGCUGCUGCUAAUCGUAAUGCUGGUAACGGUGGUGGUGGUGGUGGUGCUGGUUGUGGUGCUGGUGCUGCUGCUGGUGGUGGUACUGCUGCUGCUGCUGCUGCUGCUGCUGCUGCUGCUGCUGUUACUGCUGCUGUUGCUGCUGCUGCUGCUGCUGCUGGUGGUGCUGCUUCUUUUUCAAAAGAAGUUUGGGGAAGCAAGGAGGGAAGGCAGGUCAAAUUGGAGCAGAUGGGUGAUGUGGUAAGCAGGGGAGAGGGGGGAUUUGUGGAGCAUUCCAGGCUGGAUGGUCAAGCGAGAGGGGUUUGGGGAAACAGCAGGGAAGAGAUAGGUAAGAAGAGAGGGAGAAAGGAAGAGGAGAUGGAGGAGGACGACGAGGACGAGGAAUUUGAGCUAAAUUGUAAAUUCCUGCCAAUGCGAGUAGUCCUGGGAGCAGCAGGUGCAAGGGAGUCAUUUGGAGGAGGAAUGGCAGUGAGAGAUGGUGGUAUGAGGAUGGAUGGUGGUAUGAGGGGGGAUGGUGGUAUGAGGGGGGACGGUGGCAGUGGGAGUGGUGGUGGGGGGCAUGGUGGGGGAGGGGAUGAUAGUAGGAGUGGUGGUGGGGAUGGUGGUGAGAAUGAUGGUGCGAAUGGUGGAGGGGUAGGCGGUGGUAGGGUUGUUAGCAGUGGGAGUGGGCAUAGUAGCGGGUACAGCAGAGCAGGCUCAGGAAGGCGGAAAACAGCAAAGACAAGUAAGGCAGAUCUGGCCGCACCUGCAACCACUGCAACAGGCGUUGCUGGAAGCAUGCGGAUCGCCUCAGAUCAUGGCGAAUUGAGCAGCAGAGGUGCACCCGUUGAUGCUUCGUCUAAUCAACCCACUAGUGCUAACGCUGCCCCGUCUUAUCUGCCGGCCGGGAAGCGAGCAAAAAAGGACAAAAACAGGUACCGUGGCGUGCGGCAGCGGCACUGCGGGAAGUGGGUGGCUGAGAUCCGAUUUCCUAAGAAGAAAUCCCGCGUGUGGCUCGGAACGUUCACCUGCCCGGAAGACGCUGCCCGAGCGUACGAUCGGGCAGCUGUGAAACUUCGUGGGCCCCGAGCGUUGACGAAUUUUCCAGAUGAGUAUGAGAAUUGGCAAAAUGGGGUGGGAGAUGACUUGUUGAGGUUUAAUGGGGAGGAAGGAGUGGAGAAGGAGGAAAUGGGGAAGGAUGAGGUGGGGUUUAAGGCGGGAAGUGCAGCAGAGAGAGGGGAGGGAGGCAGCAAAGGGGAGAUGUAUACGGUUAGAGAAGGUGAGGAUGAGGGGAGGGGAGCGGAAAGCAGUAAGCAGCAGAUGGGGAAAAGGGCGAGGAGCAAGGGUGGAGGAAAAAAUGAGGGAGGGGAGGAAGAGAAGUUGGACGUGAGUGGAAAAGGCUGUGCAGAGUGGAAGGCAGAUGGCAGGGACAAGUGA